AUGGCCAGCCAAGAUCCUCGAGCCAAAGGAGCAGAGGAUCUACAGUUUGAGAAAUGCCUUGGACGCGGAUACUUCGGAGAGGUCUGGCAAGCGCAGACCAAGAGCGACCACAAAGCCGUGGCGGUAAAGAAGGUCCGUUUGCAGCUGAUUCUCGAGAACCAGCUCCUUGACCAGCUGAAGCGUGAGGUCAACAUUCUGUACUCUUUGCAGCAUCCGCGGAUCGUGAGGUUGUACUUCCACUUUGAGGACAAGUACUUCGUGUACUUGGGCAUGGAGUUCUGCAUCGGUGGGAGCUUGUUCGACAAGCUUCAAAAAGCGGAGAAGUUCACUGGCCAGCGUGCUGCAACUUACUUCCUGCAGACGUGUGAGGCACUGGACUACUUGCACCACCUGCCGGACAAGGUGAUACAUCGGGACAUCAAGCCUGAGAACAUACUGCUGGAUGCAAAUGACUCCGCCAAGCUAGCUGAUUUCGGCUGGGCAAAUCUCCUGGAGCAGGACAAGCGAAGCACUUUCUGCGGCACACUGGACUAUCUUGCUCCCGAGAUGAUUCGAGGGACUGGCCAUGACGAGAGUGUGGAUAUGUGGACGAUGGGAGUUUUGCUUUAUGAGAUGCUAACGGGACAGUCCCCUUUCGGAUCGCAAAGCAAGGAGACGACCUGCAAACGAAUCGUUCAUGUGGAUCUUCUGUUCCCGUCCGACAUGGAUCAAAGUGGUCGAGAUCUCAUUGGUAAGCUUUGCAGGAAAAAUCCGACCGAACGCUUAAAAGUUCGAGAAGCCAUGACCCAUGAGUUCGUCGUGAGGUUCCAUGUUGCUGAAGCAGGUGAGACUUCAAUGUCCCAUGGCGGAUACCCGCCAGGUGCUGAGAAGGGAAUAACUGCGGCAGGCGAUGAAGAUCUUCCCCGACCGUCUGUUGUAGCGAGGAAGCUUCGGUCAGAGUGCGAGAAGCUGGGCGGCGAGAAGGAGCACCUCAUGCAAGCAAUUCAGAACAUGGAGGAUCAAAUUCAGAAGCAGAAGGAUUUGCUUCUUGAUGCGGAGGCAGCCAUACAAAAUGUGCGGAAAGAAAGACGUGAAGUGGAGGCGCUGAAGCAAGAGCAACUCAAGCGUUGCGAUGAGCUCGCGCGCAAGAUCGAGGACAGCAAGAUACAGCAG